GUUGAUGAAAGAGAUGAAAAAAUGGGAGGUGCUUCCGAGAAGGGGUCUACAUCCAUAAACAGAGCGAUCGAGAAAACGCCGUAGUCAGAGCGCUUUCAUUCAGAAGCAGGAACGCUCGUGUUGGGUCAAGACCUUCGGCGCGUUAUCGGCACACGCCAAGUAAGGAUAAACGAAAAAGGAGUGAACUGCCAUUUCUCCGCCACUGCCAACCAUGGAGAACACCACGCCAGACAAACUUAUACCGUCACCAUGUGUUUUCAAUGUGACAUCUAAUUGUACUAAUGUACAACCGACAUCUAGGACUAAGUCGCUCAAAAGGAGCAGUUCGCUGACAGACUCGCCGCCUGAACUUAUUAGGUGUAAGAGAAGACUUAAUUUCCCUUACUCACUGCCACAACAACAACCGGCAGCAGUUGCCAGGAGAAACGAACGGGAAAGGAACAGAGUCAAACUUGUAAAUAUGGGAUUCGCCAGUUUGCGUGAACAACUUCCAAACGGUGCAAACAACAAAAAGAUGAGCAAGGUGGAAACCUUACGCUCAGCAGUAGAGUACAUCAAACAACUUCAACAACUACUGGACGAAGCUGAUGCAGUUAAUGCAGCCUUUAAUGGAUCAUUAUCUCCGCCUUGUUCACUGUCAAGUUCACCAACUCCAUCCUACACGUCAGAAGUGUCUACGUGCGAUCCUCUGAGUCCAGAGGAGGAAGAAUUACUAGACUUCACCCGAUGGUUCUGAAACUGGCUCAGGUUAUAUGCAAAACAGCAGUGUAAUUAAUGCAAGACACAAAGCGUCGACGUGGCCUCUUGAAGCAAGGUAUUUCAAAGGAAAUCUAAGGAGGUGUGGUCUGCAAGAGAGAUGAAUGGUCUUGACAGGCAAAGUGUGGCGCGGCACGAACUAUACAUUCUUUUAUGAGGACAAAACACUGUACGCCGCUAUGCAUAGACACAAGGACAAUGAAAGCUAGUCAACACUGGAUUCGUCAUACCAGGGAGGACGCGCAUUUCUUCAAGAAGAUUCAAUCUUCUCGGACAAUCACGCAUGACUGUAGCAGGGCUUUCUGGUGCACAAAAGCCCGUAUGUGAAAGCCCGCACAAUCAAUGAAGCGUGUUCAAGACUUUUUUUGUACAUAAAAAUCGUCCCGCCUUGGAGGGAGUAUGUGCUAACCGCCCGUAAGGGUGAGAUGGUACCAGCAAAUUGAACUGCCAAAUUAAUAUGUGUAUAUCGAAAUUUUAAUUAUUAAGCUUUGCUGAAGUGAAUUUUAUACAGUUGUAAAUAUCCCAGAAUGCCCUUCAACUAUCCCCUUUCAAUGCUUUCUUUAGAAUUCUAUUUUUUUUAUAAUCCAAAGCGGAAUAAUGAUAUAUGAUGUAUAAAAAAUAAACUAUUUUGAUAAGAUCAAUAAAACAGAUUUUUUACAAA